CUAUGUAUGUAUGUAUACCUCUGGAAAACAACAAGUACUAUCCUAUAUUGAACUUUUCUGUCGGUCGGAGAUUGCGUUCCGUAAACCCUUUCUCCGAUCAAGCUAUUGAAGUCGACCACCCAAGGAACGAGACUGAAAUCACGUCGGACUUUUGGGUCAAAAUGGGCUUCUUGAAAUUAUUGGGCUUUAAUUGGGUGGGUCUGACCUACCUCUAUUUUCAGUCCAAAAUCAUUUUCACAAAUCUCUUUCCAAGUGGCCCAACGUUAGAUACCAUCACUGUCGUUUUCGGUUGGUAUCCUCGUGGCUCGUGGAAACCACGAGUCCGUAGUUAGCUCAAAGUGAUGCAUUCCCCUGAAUGAUGUCUACUCCUCUCUCUCUCUCUCUCUCUCUCUCUCUCUUUGUACUACAUCAUCCUCCCAUCAGAAUUCAGAGGUGAUCAAGAUCAAAAUCUCCACCGGUACCCCAUAAUCUAACAAGAAUCAAUAAAACCCUACAAGCAACGAUUUCAAGUGGCCUUUCAGUUUAUUACGGAAUUCCCUCUACCCAGCAAUGGAUAAAAGACAAAGGCCAGAGGUGGAAGUAAAAGAUCCAAAUGCUGCGAGAAAAGUUCAGAAGGCAGACCGUGAAAAAUUGAGGAGGGAUAGGCUAAAUGAACAUUUUAUUGAGCUUGGAAAUGCACUAGACCCCGAUAGACCCAAGAAUGACAAGGCAACGAUCAUCAAUGACACUAUUCAAGUUCUGAAGGAUUUGACUACUGAAGUUAAUAGACUAAAAGCCGAAUGUGCAGCACUUUCUGAAGAAUCGCGUGAGCUGACACAGGAAAAGAAUGAGCUCAGAGAAGAGAAAGCCACUCUGAAAUCUGAUGUCGACAAUCUCAAUUUACAAUAUCAGCAGAGAAUGAGAGUUAUGUUUCCGUGGGGUACUAUUGAUCCUUCAGCUGUCAUGGCACCACCUUAUUCAUAUCCAGUUCCUAUUCCUGUGCCCACAGGCCCAAUUCCAAUGCACCCAGUUCUCCAACCAUUCCCUUUCUUUCAAAAUCAGAAUCCCGGUGCCAUUCCAACUCCAUGUUCAACACUUAUCCCCUAUCCGGGCCCACCUAAUCACCCCAUGGAUCAGCCAUCUUACCGAUGUGCAUCCACAUCCCGUGUUUCAAGCAAGCAAGAUUCCAAAAGCAAGAAGUCGGACCGUUGUACGGGCAGCAUUGAUGACAAAAGUGACGAUUCUAAUGACGUGGUGACAGAGUUGGAACUUAAAAUGCCGGGUUCUAAAGCUCAGCAGGAGCACUCACCAGGAGGAACAGCGGGCAAGCAAGCAACACGGAAGGAGAAAAGUAUCGCUGACGGGAACCCCUCCUCCAGCAGGUACUCAUCCUCACCAGGUUUUCAGGACAGUAUCUCCGACGGCAUAGAACAUCGCGAAGAUUAGCAACUCUGGAAUUUUGUGUAGAAAAGCUAUGGUUGUUUGGGCCAAGGUUGCACUAUGUAGUAAUCAGGUGUCUGAUAUUAGGUUCAAGUACCCGGUUAAAAGGGAAUGGUUUCGGGUGCAGUUAAUUUUUGUGUAAACUACUUCAGCUGUAAUCUUUUUUGCCCCAAAAAAAAAAAACUUCAGCUGUAUGCAUGUUGGCCUACUCCAGUUAAAAAACCUCUAAUUUGUAUUUUUGUCACUGGAAAUUUUAACAACUCAUUUAGGCCA